UGCAGGCGGCGGCGAUGGCCAGGCCUCCAGCCCCACACCUUCCGGGAAGAUGGGGAACCGGGAUCCCGGCUGCGCGAUGGAGGAGGAGGGGCGCUGCGGCCCCCGGCAGGCUUAUCUGCCUUGGGCCUCACUCGUCACAUGUCGCUCGUCUGUGAGUUGAGGCACUGACUCCCUUCCCACUGGGUAUUUUUGGAGAACAGCAGGAAGAGACAUUUCUCUCUGAAGAUGAACUCAACAGACCCCCUUCAGGAUGCUCCCAAUGCCACUUCCUCACAGGCCCCUCACUCACAGGGAGGCAACAGCACAGCUGUCCAGGAAGAGCUCCAGGACCUCAUCCACAUGGCCACCUUGGGAACCUGCACUUUCCUGCUCGCCAUCAUCUUCUGCCUGGGCUCUUACGGCAACUUCAUUGUCUUCUUGUCCUUCUUUGAUCCAGCUUUCAGAAAAUUCAGAACCAACUUUGACUUCUUGAUCCUGAACCUGUCCUUCUGUGACCUCUUCAUUUGUGGGGUGACAGCCCCGAUGUUCACCUUUGUGUUGUUCGUCCGUUCAGCCAGGGGCAUCCCAGAUGCUUUCUGCUUCACCUUCCACCUCACCAGCUCGGGCUUCAUCAUCAUGUCCCUCAAGACGGUGGCAGUGAUUGCCCUGCACCGGCUCCGGAUGGUGUUAGGGAGGCAGCCUAACCGCACAGCCUCCUUUCCCUGCACCUUGCUCCUCACUCUGCUGCUCUGGGCCACCAGUUUCACCCUUGCCACCCUGGCUACCCUGAAAACUAGUAAGUCUCACCUCUGCUUGCCCAUGUCCAGUCUGAUGGCAAGAGAAGGGAAAGCCAUCUUGUCACUCUACGUGGUCGACUUCACCUUCUGUGUGGCUGUGGUGUCUGUGUCUUACAUCAUGAUUGCUCAGACCCUGCGGAAGAAUGCACAAGUUAGAAAGUGUCCCCCUGUCAUCACCAUGGAUGCUUCCAGACCACAGCCUUUCAUGGGGGCCCCUGUGAAGGUGGGUGGAGAUCCCAUCCAGUGUACCAUGCCAGCUCUAUACAGGAACCAAACUUACAACAAACUGCAGCAUGGAUACACCAGGAGUCCCAAGCAGCUCCCAACCCCUGCAGCCAGCCGACUCCAGCUGGUCUCAGCCAUCAACCUCUCCACUGCCAAGGAUUCCAAAGCCGUGGUCACCUGUGUGAUCAUUGUGCUGUCGGUCCUGGUGUGCUGUCUUCCACUAGGGAUUGCCUUGGUGCAGGUGGUUCUGUCCAACAAUGGGAGUUUCAUCCUCUACCAAUUUGAACUGUUUGGAUUUACCCUUAUAUUUUUAAAGUCAGGAUUAAACCCUUUUAUAUAUUCUCGGAACAGUGCAGGGCUGAGAAGGAAAGUACUCUGGUGCCUGCAGUACAUUGGCUUGGCUCUUUUCUGCUGCAAACAGAAGACUCGACUACGAGCCAUGGGUAAAGGCAACCUUGAAAUCAACAGAAAUAAAUCUUCCCAUCAUGAAACAAACUCUGCCUACAUGCUGUCUCCAAAGCCACAGAAGAAAUUUGUAGACCAGGCUUGUGGCCCAAGUCAUUCAAAGGAAAGUGUGGUAAGUCCCAAGAUCUCAGCUGGACAUCAACACUGUGGUCAGAGCAGCUCAACUCCCAUCAAUACUCGGAUCGAACCAUACUACAGCAUCUAUAACAGUAGCCCUUCCCAGGAGGAGAGCAGCCCACAAACCUUACAGCCAGUCAACUCUUUUGCAUUUGCCAGUUCGUACAUCGCCAUGCAUUAUCACACCACCAAUGAUCUAAUGCAAGAGUAUGACAGCACUUCAGCCAAGCAGAUUCCCGUCCCCUCUGUCUGAAGUCAUGGAAGCUGGAGAGGCUUGCAUAAAUGGUUUUGUUUCUAAUAUGGAUUGAAUUUUAGAAAGUUUUUGAGGUCAAUGGCAGAUCAAAGCUUAAAAAUUCAGCUAAAGAUUUGGCAGAUCAAGAUUUUCUUUUGCCUAAAAUAUUGGUGUCUUGAUUUGCUUUAUAUUUUCUUGACCUUUUUUAAGAUUUGGUGUAAAAGUUUAUUUAAAUUUUCACCCUGACCUGUACCCCAAUCUUUCAUAUUGAACCUUUAAAUAGAUGCUAGGAAUGAGGAUACUGUGUCAAAGCAGAAAAUCAAUUGAUUGUAAUCUUUUGAAUCAGUGUUAUAGGUCUUCAAAGUACAUAUUGGCUGGAUUCUUAGUUUGAGUAGUUUUUUUGUGUGUGGUUUGGUUGGUUUUGUUUGGUGCUUGGGAUUGAACCUCGAGCCUCAUGCAUGCUAUGCAUGCACUCUACCACUGAGCUACACCCUCAGCUCUGGCCAGAUUUUUUAAAAAAGAAUUUUAAGGCAUGAUUUUUGCUGGGGUGUUAUUUUUAUAAAAAUAUAAAAUUUGAUUAUUUGAAGUGCUGAAAUAAAGAAUAAUACCCUCUUUUGGUAGCAGAUUGAUUUGAAUAAAUAACAUAUUGUUAAUUAGAAAACCAGAAAUAUAUUUCCUAUACUUCUAUCCUUAUCCAAAAUACUCAAAUGGGAGCUAGGUGUUUUCCUUUUAUAAAGAUAGGCAACUAAGUAUAUGGUAGUACAGUAUAAUUAUUGUGUGCCACCUUUCCUUUCCUUUCCUUUUCUUUUCCUUCUUUUUGCAGUACUGGGAAUCAAACCCAGGCCCUUAUGCAUGGUGGGUAAGUGUUCUACAAUUGAGCUACAUCCCCAGCCCUGCCAUUUCUUAUUAUAGACAUUUUUAUUUGGGGUCAGUUGAAUAGCUGUAUAGUUCUUUUAUUAAAAGGAAGAUGUUUUUGCUUGUUACAAGUGAAUUAUUCUAUUUUGGAAUGACCUUAUCCAGACUCCUAGCAUAGAGGACUGCCUCUAUAGCAGAGGGGCAUUAUUCCAGAGAGCAGGUGCUAUAUGGUUGUUUUAGGAAAGAGUGUUUAUAGGGUAGUCCAUGGGGACUUCUGUCAUGCAUUUAGAAAUCUUUAGGCAUAGAGAUGUAAUUGGGAGGGUUUUAUAUUUCCUUCUGUAUGAGAAAAGUUUAUUAACCACUUGACAGUAUUUAAGUAACUCUUCAGAAAUGACUCACUUUUGUGUUUAUAUAUUAUAAUGGUAGAAAAUUGUCAAAGUGAUCUAUAAUCAAACUCUUUUCUUUCUCUCCUACUAAUCUUAAACUGGAAAUGGGCAAAAAGAUUAAGUAUGUCUAUACCCGAAACUAAUUUUAUUAUAUUCUCUGUGAUUCCUAGGGUAACAACUGUGAACUCAUAUUUUUAAUCUAGAAGUAUUUUCAUUACACAGGAUUUGAACUCACUAGAAUUUUGGAACUAUAACUGUUAGGCUCAAGCAUCAAGAUACAAAACUUGUCUUUAUAAAAUGUGAUAUCCAAGAAUUACUACUACACAUCAGAAAGUACUUUGUUCCUUUGAAUGAAAGAUACUCAUUUCACAGAGUCCUCCCUCGGGUUGUCCCCAACUGUAGAGGUCCCGAAAGGUGUGAGGAAGACAACAGACUUUCACCUCGACCUCUGCUUAGCCUCAUCUGGCAACUGUUACCUUCCAGUCUUCAUCAGUCAUUUCUAUUUCUGAGAUUUAAGUGUGACGUAUAAGUUUUAUUUUGUUAUUAAAUUCACCUUGUAAGACUAUCUACUCCCUCUCUCCCGCCCUUCAUUCUCUCCCUUGUUUUAUUUUUGCUAUUAAAUUUUGUAACAGAAGAGAACAUAAUCACUCUCUCACUUUUUUUGUAAUUGAAAGCUAUUUUUGGAAGUCACUACUACCUGUUUCAAUUAUGGUUUUGUAUUUUUAAUAUAACACUGUUCUCAUUUAUUAAGACACCCUUGAGAUAGGUUAGUAUAUUACUUCUCUUUAACAAAGAAUCCAGAAGUAUAAUAUCCUGUCCCAAGAUUAUUCAAAGAAUUGUGGCAAAUUAAGAAUUAGACUUUUGUCUUAAUUCAAAACCUAGUACUCUGGUAAGCUGAACAACUUUAUAAUUAUUAAGAUUAUUAAGAUUAAUCACUUUUUAAGAUGUAUAUAUAUAUAGAUAGAUAUUUUUGGACAGGCAUUUCAAAUGUAACUUAAUAAAAUGUUACAACAAAAGUAAUUUCUACUUGUAAAAUUUUAAAUGCCAUAUUUCUUGUGUGACCUUUGAGAUGAUUUGAUCAGCAUGGGGCCCAUUUUGGGAAGUACAAAUUAGAGCAUAAAGAAAACUAAGUGUGUACAUAUACAAUAUUCAGUUUCUUUAUGCUCAUCAAGAAAUUAUUGAUUUAACUUGCAUGAAACACAUAGUGGGCUAUGUUCUUAGCUCCCCUCCAUAGCUAUAUCUAUACAGAUAUAACUCAUCUGUUCACGAGUUAUAUGUUUAUCUAUACCUAUAACCAUAUAAGUAUAGAUAAACAUAUGUAACUUGUUUCUUCAUAAGGGCUAAAAUGAGAACUAAAAUUAAUGAGAAUUUAAUUGAAUAUGAUUAAUUUGCAGGGUAUAAUAAUUAGUUCUCUUGAUGCUUUACUGUGAUGCAAAAGUAUGUGAUGUCUUUAAAAUAUUUUAUAAUUGUUCUUAUGUUAACCCUUAGGCCAGAUUUGUAUUUCUGAUGCUUUUAGUGUACUUUUAAAAUAAAGUUUGGAAAAUAAAAUAUUGAAAACUCUAACAUCUUAAACAUC